AGCGGCCGGAAGCAGCAGCAGCAGCAGCAGCAGCAGCAGCAGCAGCAGCGGUCCUCGUCCCCGGCGGGUCUCAAAGACUCAGGAGCCAAAGCUGCGCAGAAGGGCAGCAGCUCUGCUAAAACUAAGCCAGCAUCCGGAGGAGGAGGAGGAGGGAGAAGCAGCCGCGGUCAUUCUCCUGUCUCCGCAGGCAGGGAGCGGCAGGCCGGCAGAGGCGCGGCUGCUGUCCAGCCUGCUGGUGCUGAAAGCCCGCAGCCCAGCCGGGCCGCCCUGCCGGCUCCUGAGGACUCCCCCCGCCCCGCCGCCGCGGACAGCCCCUCCUCCUCCUCCUCCUCGCCCUCCAGAGCCGACCCGAGCCGCGUCGUCUCGGACCAGCCGUGCGCGUCCAAAUCCCCGAAGCUGAGGAGCAAAAAAGCGAGGAGGGAGGAGGAGCAGCAGGCCGCCGCGGGCAAGAAGAGCAGCAGGAGCACGGUGGGCUGCGGGCCCGGCUUCUGGAAGGAGGGAUGCCUGCAGACAGAACUCAUACAGUUCCACCUGAAUAAGAGCCUGGGCAAGAAGGGCACCAAGAUGCAGGCCAAGUCCGCGUCACCGCCGGCGUCCGAGCCGGAGCUGUCCCCGGAGCCCGACAGUCCUCAGCGGGCUCCACACCCGGACCACAGGCUGCAGGAGGAGCUCGAGAGGCUGGAGGACGAAAACGACGACCUGAAGACUGAAAUUAACGAGAUGCGAGCAGAGAUGGAUGAGAUGCGGGACACCUUCUACGAAGAAGACGCCUGUCAGCUGCAGGACAUGCGCAGAGAGCUGGAGCGAGCCAACAAGAACUGUCGGAUCCUCCAGUACCGGCUCAGGAAGGCCGAGAGGAAAAGGCUCAGGUUCACCGAGAGCGGUCAGGUGGAUGGAGAGUUACUGAGAAGUCUGGAGCAAGACCUGAAGGUGGCCAAGGAUGUGUCGGUGCGCUUGCACCAUGAGCUGGAGAACGUGGAGGAGAAUAGGACAAAGACUGAGGAGGAAAAUGAGAAGCUGAGGCAGCAGCUGAUAGAGGUGGAGGUCACCAAGCAGGCUCUGCAAAAUGAACUUGACAAAGCAAAAGAGCUGUCACUGAAAAGAAAAGGAAGCAAGGAAGGGCAGAAGACGGAGAAAAGGGCACCACAGACCCCAGUCGAGGAGGAAAACGAGGAUCUGAAAUGCCAGCUAGCCUUCAUCAAGGAGGAAGCCAUCUUAAUGAGGAAAAAGAUGGCAAAAAUCGACAAGGAGAAGGAUCGCUUGGAGCAGGAGCUGCAGAAGUACCGGUCCUUCUACGGGGACGUGGACAGCCCUCUGCCGAAAGGAGAGGCUGGAGGGCCUCCAACCACCCGUGAAUCUGAGCUUAAGCUCCGUUUGCGGCUGGUGGAGGAGGAGGCCAACAUCCUGGGGAGGAAGAUUGUAGAGCUGGAGGUGGAGAACAGAGGACUGAAGGCAGAGCUGGAUGACAUGAGGGAGGACAGCCUGGCAGCAGCAGGGGUGGAUGGCUCUGGCAGUGGGGGCCAGCAGAGCCGGGAGCAGGGGGAGGCCAUGUCUGAACUGAGGCAGCAGCUUCAGCUGGUGGAGGACGAGGCUGAACUCCUCCGCAGAAAUUUAGCAGAUGUAGAAGAAGAAAACAAGAAGGUGACAACGGAGCUCAACAAACUCAAAUACAAGGCUGGGUCCCAUGAAGCUGGAUCAAGACAUGGAGGAGGUGGAGGUGAUCUGGCUAAAGUAGAGGCCCUCCAGGAGGAGCUGAAGGCGGCCCGCCAGCAGAUCAAUGAACUGAGCGGCAAAGUCAUGCAGCUUCAGUACGAGAACCGUGUGCUGCUCUCCAACAUGCAGCGCUACGACCUGGCCUCCCACCUGGGCAUCCGCGGCAGUCCUCGGGACAGCGACGCGGAGAGUGACGGAGGACGGGAUGAUGACACGCCCUCGGCCUCCGCUGCUUCCCCGCGCCUCCUCCCACCCCAUCGCAAACGCGAGGGCCCCAUCGGUGGCGAGAGCGACUCAGAUGAGGUGAGGAACAUCCGCUGCCUCACCCCGACACGCUCCCUCUACUCGCCCGUCGACAGCCGUUUUUUAUCCAGAAGCCUGAGGGACCGGCAGCAGAUGAUUGACAUCCGCAUUGAGGCGGAGAGGCUGGGCCGGACCAUCGACAGGCUCAUCGCCGACACCAGCACCAUCAUCGCAGAGGCACGGGUUUACGUCACCAACGGGGAGCUGUUUGCCCGGCUGGACGAAGACGAAGAAGGCGGCAGGAUCAGAGAGCACGAGCUGCUGUAUCGUAUCAAUGCUCAGAUGAAAGCCUUUAAGAAGGAACUGCAGAGUUUUAUCGAUCGGCUGGACGUACCCAGGCAGGAGGACAAACAGGCAGAAGAGCCACUGUCUAUGUUCCAGCCGAUCAUUUUACUCAUUCUUAUCCUGGUUCUGUUUUCUUCACUCUCAUAUGCCACCAUUUUUAAGUUGGUGUUUCUUUUCACCCUGUUCUUUGUUCUGUAAUUCUCAGGCUCACAUUAUUCACAAUUUUCGUUGCUUUCUUUUAAAUUCUUUUGUUCAUUUCAGUUUUGUUACGUUGAACGCAUCACAUGAUUCCACUCAAGGUACGAGACUGUUUCACUUUCCGAGUAUGACUCAAGUCAUUCAUCUGCUGGGAGGCUUUCAACAUUUAUCGGGUGCUACGUGGAGCGACGGUGGGCUAUGAGUUGGAGGCCAGAGAAGCGUCAGGGUUUGUGAGCGGAGGAGCGGCGACACCAC